CGCGCGCUUCGCCUUUUUUCUUCCACCGUCUCACCGACUCGACUUCUAGCUCGCGCUGGACAUUUUCACACACGAACCCACACACACACACAUGCAUGUUUUUUUUUACACUGUAGCAACCUGCGAGUGUAUGGAUACGAUGCAACUUUUCUGAUGGUGAUUUAAAGGAAGCUGAAUCCGGACUGUAUCUCGAACCCUGCUUUGUUACCUGAAGCUGACAGCCUCGUGCGUUUUGAGUGGCGACCAGAAAGAGUCCCACGGCUGAAGCCAUGCCCUGCGUUCAGGCUCAGUACGGCUCGUCGCCGCAGGGCGCGAGUCCCGCCUCGCAGAGCUACAGCUACCACACGAGCGGCGAGUACAGCUGUGACUUCCUUACCCCCGAGUUUGUGAAGUUCAGCAUGGACCUGACCAACACCGAGAUCACGGCCGCUACCACAUCUCUACCCAGCUUUAGCACGUUUGUGGACAGCUACAACCCGGGCUACGACGUUAAACCUCCGCCGUGUCUGUACCAGGUGCCCCCUGCGCACGCGACUGCAGCCUCUAUCAAAGUGGAGGACGUGCCCAUGCAUGGGUACCAUCACCACCAUCACCACCACCCUCAUCCUCAUCCUCAGCAGCAGCCGCAGGGGCACCUGGGCCCCCAGUCGGAGGACGUGAUGGCGCACUCCGGCUCCCUGUACUUCAAACCGUCCGCGUCGCCGCACGCGCCUGGCGGCGGCCCGAACUUCCAGGUGCAGCCGAGCCACGUGUGGGAGGACGCGAGCUCGCUGCACGCCUUUCACCAGAACUACGUGGCGGCCGCCUCGCACGCCAUGGAGCAGCGCAAGAACCCCGUGUCGCGCCUCUCGCUUUUUUCCUUUAAGCAGUCACCCCCGGGGACGCCCGUAUCCAGCUGCCAGAUGCGCUUCGACGGCCCGCUGCACGUGGCCAUGAGUCACGAAGGCCCCGGUGGCGUGCACCGGACCUUGGACGCGCAAAGCUUUGCGGUGCCCGGCGCCGUGCGUAAGCAGGCGGGAGUCGCGUUCCCGCAUUCCCUGCAGCUCGGCCACGGACACCAGCUCCUCGACGCGCAAAUGCCGUCGCCACCGUCCAGGGGCUCGCCGUCUAACGAGGGGAUGUGCGCCGUGUGUGGAGACAACGCGGCGUGCCAGCAUUACGGCGUCCGCACGUGCGAGGGAUGCAAAGGCUUCUUCAAGCGCACAGUGCAGAAGAAUGCGAAAUACGUGUGUCUGGCAAACAAAAACUGCCCUGUUGACAAACGCCGGAGAAACAGGUGUCAGUACUGCCGCUUCCAAAAGUGCCUAGUUGUCGGGAUGGUUAAAGAAGUUGUCCGGACUGCCAGUUUGAAGGGCCGGAGAGGUCGUUUACCUUCCAAACCCAAAAGUCCACCGGAUGCGGCCCCUCCAUCACCCCCAGUCAGCCUCCUCAGUGCGCUGGUCAGAGCUCAUGUGGACUCCAACCCCAACAUGUCCAACCUGGACUACUCGAGGUUCCACGCGGGACCUGAUUACCAGCUGACCGGAGACGACACGCAGCACGUGCAGCAGUUUUACGACUUGCUCACGGGAUCGAUGGAGAUCAUCCGCGGCUGGGCCGAGAAGAUCCCGAGCUUCACCGAGCUGACCAAACAAGACCAGGACUUGCUCUUCGAGUCCGCCUUUCUCGAGCUUUUUGUUCUGCGCCUCGCCUACAGGUCCAAUCCGAUGGAAGGAAAGCUGAUCUUCUGUAACGGCGUGGUAAUGCACCGGCUGCAGUGUGUGCGCGGGUUCGGCGAGUGGAUCGACGCCAUCGUGGAGUUCUCCUCUAACCUCCAGAGCAUGAACGUGGACAUCUCGGCCUUCUCCUGCAUCGCCGCGCUCGCUAUGGUCACAGAGAGACACGGGCUUAAGGAGCCGAAGAAAGUUGAGGAGCUCCAGAACAAGAUAGUGAACUGUCUAAAGGACCAGGUGGCGUUUAAUGGCGCUGCUCUUAACCGCCCCAACUACCUUUCCAAGCUGCUGGGGAAGCUGCCGGAGCUGCGCACUCUGUGCACACAAGGCCUGCAGCGCAUCUUCUACCUGAAACUGGAAGACCUGGUGCCUCCUCCUGCAAUAAUCGACAAACUGUUCCUCGACACGCUGCCGUUUUAAAACAAACAAACAAAAAGACAAUGAAAGACAGAGACUUCAUUUUUUUUUCUCUCUCUCAAAAAGACCUCAACGAACUUCCAUAGACUCCUUUUAAGAGUCAGAAAACUACUGAUUUUUUUAUUAUGAGUAUAAAUAUUAUUAUUAUUUUCAUUCUACAAAGGACAUUGGCAGUCCACCAGAUGAACCACACACACACACACACACACACACACACACACACACACACACACACGAGCGCGCACAGACGGUUAUGCAUGCAUUUUCAUUUCAGCUCUCUUUGCAAUUUCAUGUCAUUUAAUUAAACCUCCCAUACGGAUAGAUGGAUAGAUAGAUAGAUAAAUAGACACAGAGAGAGAGAGAGAGAGAGAGAGAGAGAGAGAGAGAGAGAGAGCGCUCAGUUCUUAAAGUAACUCUUGGACUGCUGUUGAGAAAAUAAAUCUGCAAAAAACAUUAACUCUGUUUUUUUUUUUUUUUGACUCCAAAACACUUUUUUCUCAACUCAUUGGAAAAACGCACAUGAUCUGUAUUAUAACCGUAUUAUACUACACGCAGGAUAGAUUUGUUUCUGUCACCGAAGUGUAUAAAGAAGAGCCAUUUCUAUCUUCUUUUCUUUUUCAUUUGUUUCUUUCUAUUUAAUUUUUGAAUAACUUGUGCCUGUGUAUUUCUGUCAGGAUCGCAGAGGAGGCCACGCAUGUUGUAGAAGACUAUAGGCACUUGCUAUCGAGGUGAUGCUGUCUAUAUAAAACAUGAUUAUUCAUAUUAUUCCGGACACUAUGUAGUCUGCUAGAUUUUAUAAAAAAAAAAAAAAAAGAAGAAGAAGAAAAAAAAACGGAGAAAAGAUACAAUUCAUAGUACUGAGACAACUUUUCUGUAUAGAUGAGGAGGAGAAAGACUAUUUAAUCUGUAUAUAAGUGAAGAAAAAAAAAAUCUGAAAGGCCCCAAAUUGUUUGUAAGACUGUCAGCCAUUUCCUUGUUUGUACGUGUUGUAUGUAUUGUUGCUGUUUAAUAUAAAUGUUUCUAUAUUUAUGAUUU